CAGUGGGUUUCGAGAGCUGCUGUGUCUCAGGCUUUGGCUCCUGCGCAGCCACCACUUGACUCUGGGGUUCCUGCUUAUCACUUGGGCCCAGAGAGUCUUUACGUCACCUUCCUGGGUGUCGCCUGGGCUUUGUGCCCUGACCGGGGGAAAGGGCAGAGGGCGAGUGGAAAAGGCAGGAGGAGAGUGGCGGGAACCGAAGGCGCAGGGCCAGCAGCCUGGUGGCCCUGCUGAAGCCACACCUGUCCCCUGGACUCUUCUAGGCCAGCGCUGACAUGCAGGAGGUGGUCUUGUGCCUGCUCGCCUUCCUAGUAGGCCUGCCUGCCCUGGAUGCCAAUGACCCUGAAGAUAAAAACAGUCCUUUCUACUACGACUGGCACAGCCUCCAAGUGGGCGGAGUCAUCUGUGCUGGGAUCCUGUGUGCCAUGGGCAUCAUCGUCCUCCUGAGUGGGAAGUGCAAAUGCAAGUUCGGCUAGAAGCCCAGGUAAGACCUUCCUCCUGGCCAACCCCUGGCCUUUCCAUCUCACGCUGUAGAGGAAAAGCUUUGCAGAGCCAGCAAUGCAGAAAGCUGCUUAUUCACAGUUGAUAAUCCCCAGUGGGCCCCACCUCACUGCACCUCACCUCCCAGCCCAGCCUGGAAUGCCCUCAUCCCUGGUGCCAGACAACCUCACAGCAGAGACAUAGCCAGGUCUGGGCAAGCUGAGACGCCUGUAGCCCACAGGGGCGGGUUCUGACAUCAAGGCUUGUUUAUUUCCCUAGUCACCACCGCC